AGUGAUAAUCAACGCAUUAAAGAUUUUUGAAAUAGCAAUAGCUUGUGGUAAUAAUCUUCGGUAAGUUGUUAAUGCUAUAAGUAUAAACGCACAUUUUAGGCCUUUUAGUCGAUCCGUUAUUCCCUUAAGAGGAGUUUUAUUAGAAAAUCGCGUAUUGGGCGCUCAAAACUAAAUUAAGAUUUAAUCGAAUGAAUCGGGUGGUAACAUGGCGGCUGGUUCUUAUAUCGUGUGAGUACUUUACUGCGUGUUUUCACAUAGUCAACUGUUGACUUUCGUUUAAUUUUGUUAAAUAUCGUCAAUAUACUAUUGGAAUGAUGUGUAAAAUGAUAAACAAGAUGAAUUCAACAGUAAUUGAAGAGUCAAAAGCAACGCAAUGUUACACAGAGGUGUUGGAAGGAUUCGACUCUCACAGAAGCAUGGAAGGAGUAAUCGCGCCACAACAUCUUUCAGGGAGAAAGUGCGCCUGCAUUCCAUCAUUGGUAAUGGUGUCCUCAUGGGCGGGUAAAUAAUCUGUUAAAAUGCACAGACUAAAGUCAUCACAAAGAGACAAAGUUCGCCAGUUUAUCGCUUUUACUCAGACCGAUGAGAAAUCAGCAAUUUCCUGUUUAAGUCAGCAUGAUUGGAGGCUGGAUGUUGCCUCAGAUCAAUUCUUCCAGCAUCCUCAUCGAUACAUGAAAGAACCUAGGACAACGGUCGAUAAGAAGAAAUUGCAGCAUUUGUUCGAACGUUACAAAGAGCCUGGAGAUGAAGACAAAAUUAUGGCCGAAGGUGUUGGCAAGUUUUGUGAGGAUUUAAAUUUGGAUCCUACUAGCAUCAAAGUAUUGCUUAUCGCUUGGAAGUUUAAGGCAGCGACACAGUGUGAAUUUUCUAGAAAAGAAUUUAUUGAUGGCAUGACGGAAAUAGGAUGCGAUUCGGUAGAUCGGUUACGAAGUAGAUUGUCUUUAAUAGAAAAUGAAAUAUCAGAUAUACAGAAGUUUAAAGAUUUUUAUCAGUUUACUUUUAGCUUCGCAAAAAAUCCUGGCCAGAAGAGUCUAGACCUUGAAAUGGCUAUAGCUUAUUGGAAUAUUGUCCUAAGGGGAAAAUUUAAAUUUCUAGACCUUUGGUGCGAAUUUUUACGGGAGCACCAUAAACACGCAAUAUCAAAGGAUACGUGGAAUCUGCUUCUUGAUUUUAGUAAUAUGAUAACCGAUGAUAUGGAAAAUUAUGAUGAAGAAGAACUGCCCAUUUUGGAAAAUGGAAGGCCUUAAAGAAAUUAAAUGGCCUUAAAGUAUUGGAUAACAACGU